AAAAUCAAUUCCUUUUCACAGUUUGUGGUUAAAUUUAGCUUCUGCAUGACACCAACCAGACCUGCUUGAAAGCUUUUAAGUGUAAUUUUAUAUUGCUGGUUUUAUAACUAUAGAAUUAAAUUCAGAUCGGAGCGACGCCAUUGCGCCAAAUCCGCAAGUGCUCUCUGUAGUUGUCUCUCUUGUUGGCCAAUGGCCAUGGCCUUGAGCACCCUGUCUGGUCUGGGCCUCGCCAUCCUGCUGUCAGCCAUUGCAAGCAUCGAUGCGUCUAAGCACUUCUACCUCACAAGCAACUCCUACUUCAGAGAGGUCGGCAAUGCCUUCCUCUUCUCCGGCGGCAGCGAGGGCAUCGUCGCCGCUCGCACCGCCGACUCCACCGCCCCUUUCUCAGUCCACGACGGUCGCUCCUAUAUCCGAUUUGAGAACAUCACCUUCUGGAGGAGUAAAGAAGCUGCCAACCAGCAUUCAAGCACGGAACACAGUACUGGCUUGAUACAAGUUAUAAUUUUUGAGGUAGCUGAUCGUGAUAAUAUUGGCGGUUCUGCUUAUGGUGGGCAAAGGUCAAUAUGUUGCACAUCUGAUAUUGCAAAGCUGGAAGGCUGUAAGCAAGGUGAAGUCAUCAGGAUACCUUCUGCAACGCAUGUUAACUGGCCUAUUGUUCUAAAUGUACAGUUCAGUGGCAACUUUUUAUCUACCAACAUGGAUAAUAAAGAGGUCUACAUUAUGAAGACUGGAAUGUAUAACUUGUUCUUUAUAUCAUGUGAUCCAAAACUAAAGGGACUAACCAUGAGUGGAAAGACUUUAUGGAAGAAUCCUGAUGGUUAUUUACCUGGAAGAAUGGCCCCAUUAAUGAAUUUUUAUGUGUUUAUGGUAAUUGCAUAUGUGUUGCUCAGUGUUAUUUGGUUUACUCAGUACGUUAGGUUUUGGAAAGAUGUAUUGCAACUUCAGCAUUGCAUCACAUCAGUUAUUGCUCUUGGAUUGCUUGAGAUGAUUCUAUGGUAUUUUGAGUAUGCAAAUUUUAACAAUACUGGGAUGAGGCCAGUUCAAAUUACAACUUGGGUUGUGACGGUAGGAGCUAUAAGGAAAACAGUUUCACGCCUUAUUAUGCUUUCAGUUUCAAUGGGUUAUGGUGUUGUGCGACCCACCCUUGGUGGUCUUACCUCAAAGGUGUUGCUUCUUGGAGUAACUUAUUUCUUGGCAACUGAAAUGCUGGAUAUCACAGAGAAUGUGGGAACAAUCAAUGAUGUUUCAGGAAGAGCAAGACUUUUCAUAGUCCUUCCCAAUGCAUUCUUGAAUGCAUUUAUAAUCCUGUGGAUUUUCACGUCUCUUUCAAAAACGUUAGAACAGUUACAGGCAAAGAGAAGUUCAGUUAAGUUGGAUAUAUAUCGCAAGUUUUCGAAUGCAUUGGCAGUAAUGGUGGUCGCUUCAGUUGCUUGGAUAGCGUACGAGAUUUACUUCAAAGCAACAGAUCCAUUUAAUGGGCGGUGGCAGAGUGCUUGGAUCAUCACUGCUUUUUGGGAUGUUCUUGUGUUUUUGUUGCUCUGUGUAAUCUGCUGUCUCUGGGCGCCAUCCCAAAGCUCGCAACGAUAUGCUUAUUCAGAAGAAAUGGAAGAAGAAUUUGACGAAGAAGAAGCCCAAUCACUAACUAGAGGAAAUCUGGAAAGUGAUCCAAAUUCAGUAGAGCAGGAGAAGAAAGAGACGAGUGUAGGGAACACAGGCAUUUUCUGUAUAGAAAAUGAUACUGAAGAGGGCAAGAGGGAAUGAUGCCAGAAAUGCCAUGUCAACAACCUUAUUCCAUAGGGUUUCAGGCAAAGAGUGUUGUACAAUUUCACUAAGAUCUGGAAGAAUCAGAAGGUGACCUAUCUGAUUGUUAUAGUUCGCAAUGUUGAUUUUGCCAUAUUAUACAUGUAAAGUUAGGCCUGCUACUGGUAUCUAUAAAGAUUGAAAAAAUAUGUAAGUUUAGGAAGAGAGGAGGCCAAUAGCUCAUAAUGGAAAGGAGAAAAAAUGGAAGGGGGUGAGGUUUUUUCACGAAUCUUGGUCAUGAGUCAUCUAUUACUAAAGAGUUGCUACUCUGCCUUGUAUAAAAAGUAAAUAUUUCUUGAACUA